UUAGGUAAGUUUGAUGUGGUGAUGAUUGUUGGUGCUUUACGUCCUGGUUUGGUACCAAUCAGCGUCAUCGAGGAACUCUACAAAGCUGCCAAACCAGGCGCCUACAUUUGCAUGUCGAGGGUCAACCCGAUACCCGAGGAUGCAGAUGAAUACAAGGACAAGAUGGAGGCACUGCUGAAGCUGAUGGAGGAUCAGCAUCUUUGGUCUCACGUGGCGACACAAGCCACAGACAAAUACAUGAAGGACCUUUACCAUAACUGUGACAAAGAAGUGGACGAGGACCACUACCUCACUGGAACUUUGUACCUCUUCAAGAAACACUGC